UAAAUAAAUAAUACGGCAGUCGUCACUAGUUUCGCUAGAAAAUGUUAAUCGCGACAAUUUAAAAAUAGCACGUGAUCCAACAUUUGAUCGAUGUCUGUCUGAUGUCGAUGAUCUCUUUGGAGAUCAUCUGUUUUGGGACUUGGUUCGCGUAGGAAAAAUUAACCUAGCGGACGAGGAAAUUCAAUUACAUAACACAGAAGUAAGCUGGAUCAUCAUGAGCGAAACGGUAGGAAAUAGCACUACUUGAUCAUAUUAAAACCUUUAGGAACAUAGAGGAACGCUCUUCGACGAGAAUUCUUUAUACAGAAGAACACGCGCGCAGAACACCCUACAUAGUACAUACCAUACGCGAUUUAACUGGCAGGCAAGUGUACAAUCAUGAAUCUAUUUGUUAGACAAUCGCAUAAAUUGACACUUCAUCCUACCUCGCGCACCACUCAUAGGUGGACUAUAGGAAGCUACCGCUAAGUCACUCAAACACAUCGUGAUUCUCAUGGUAGGAAACACAUUAUUCGCAUAUCAAGAAUUAUCCACUAACGUGAUAGAAAUUGAGGCGAGUUUGAAGUUCAGACCAUUGAUCCCAUUAUUGUCGGAUCCCAAUGACCUCAGUCCGUUGACACGUCAUUUCCUAAAACGUGACUCAUUAACAAGUACUCCAGAGUGCAAUCUUACAACAUUAAAAACAGGACGAUUGUCCGCGUGGCAAAAAAUAAAACUACCGAGACAACACUGGUGGAGCAUAUGGAAUAAAGAAUAUCUCAAUCAACAUCAGCAUGGCGCAACAAAAUCCAAGGAAAGCAUGAUGGUCAUAUCAAGGUUUAUACCACGUGUGUUGAGAGGACCCGUCGAGUGCUUAGGAUGCGAAUUAUUCUCUCGACGCAGUCCGAAUUGUAAACCUUAUGUAGUGUGGGAAAUUCCAACUUCCCAAAAAAUAGAUGUGCCGUCCGUACUGCAAACUGAGGAAUCCAAAAUCCUGAGCAAUGUGAUUUCUAAUUAUUUAUCUGCUCUUUAUUUUCUAUUCUUUCGUUCUUGAUCACUUGUUUUUUCAUCUUUGUUA